GCCGAAACUUGGAUGACAUUUCAUUCGGCACUCUGCAAAGCUCACCACCACGGUGUUGGCGACGCGAUCCAUCACGACGUCGCAGCCACGCUUCAAAAAAGGUCAGGACUCAACGACGACCUCCUCAACCCAACCGAGAAUGCGCGUCUUCUUUUUUGUUUCAAGUCAAGUCACUGGCGUGCGAUUCUCAGCAUUAAUCAAAUGACCACAACCACAAAUCGUUUGCAGGAAAAUGUCCAGGCUUGGCUCAACGGUCUAUCGCCUUGCCCAGAUUCUCCAGAUUCGCCAUUCACCGCAACUCGCACCGUGGCAGACAAGAAACUCGUAAAGCGCCGUCUCACAGAUGCAGAAAAUUUGAAGACUUCAUCGAAACGGCUAUGCCGUCUUACCCCUCCGACGUCAUUAACCAUGUCCGUCUCGCCAACGAAACGGUCACACGACACACCUGACUCUUCCAGCAUCGCCUCGAACCAAGAUGACGACCAGACGCCUAGAAGCAAAAAGAUUCGAAUGGUCCCUGGUUGGGGAAACGCGCCGCUUACUGCAUCCUCGCGCCGUAGUGGCUCCGUCUCUCCGAAGAAGCUGGCACGUACUUGGGCUGUAAGGGAUGCUAUUGCACGACAGUUUACGAUCAGAGAGGAUAUUCCAGCCUCGCUACAACGUCUGUGGAAGGAUAUUGGUCGAUAUGAUAGAGGAAUCGGCAUCAUUGGGUUGGCAGAAAAGGCUUCGAUUGAAGACGCCCAAACAUCGCAUCCAGAGUAUGAGCAAGACGUAUUUGAAGACUUCUUCUAUGAGCAAGAGAUAGUGUCCCGAGACGGCUUGCGCAGUACUCUUGGCCCCACGCCCUCAGUUUCCGCAGUCUUGGACAUCAUGGAACGUGGCAUCAGCUGCCGCAAUGAGCAAAUGGACGAAGCCGGCUGGAACUCAAUUGUCCACAGCCGCAUCCUCGAACUCGCCUUCUCUGGCCUGUGGUCUAAGACUGACAAUCUUGUUGCAUUUGCUCCUUGCACGUCCGCCAAAAUUAUUCCCGAAUAUGCCGAUCCCAUAAGCCGCAAGGUCGACUUUUGCGCAUGUAUCAGACCUGAUGCCUUGUCAGCCAUCGCCAUCCAGUCUAUUCGCGACCAAGAUGCACUGGCUAGUCAAUCCAUCAACCACACCGACUUCCCACCACUUCAGGCGCGACCGAUCGCUCUUUCCAUCGAGACUAAGAUUCAUGGGGAAGGAAUGAACAACGCUGAAGCCCAGCUGGUUACAUGGCAUGCCGCGCAAUGGCGGUCUUUGGACCGAUUGGUUGGGCGCACGGAGCCCAAGACGCAGCUACCAGAGUUCCUGCCGGGAAUCAUCAUCCAGGGACGCGAAUGGGUAUUUGUAGCGAGUACCAAACGAAGCGAUGAGGUGACAUUAUGGACUAGUCAGCACAUUGGCUCUACGGCGAAGGCCACAGGCGUGUAUCAGAUUGUGUGUGUGUUACAAUACCUGAAGCGAUGGAUUGAAAAAACGUAUUGGCCGUGGUUCAAGCAGGCCAUACUAAGGUUGCCAGAAGAGACAUGAAGAGUCAACACAGUCAGUCAGCCAUCAGCAUUGCGUAACCAUCCCCAAGCCGCUAGAACUUGAUGCGUACAAGGCCUAAAUCCACGG